AUGACCGCCGUCACGGAGCGCAAUAGAUUCACGGAGAUUGUCUUCGCGGCGCUGCUGCUGUCCGCGUCGCUCCGCAUCUGGCUCGACCUGCGCGUCCACGCCCCGCACCCCGACGCUCUGCCCUGCCGCAACGACGACUCGCUUCAACCGGCCGACCAAUCGUCGUCCUCCGCGUCAGCAUACAUCAACGACAGCGUGGUUGCGCUGCCCGGCCGCGCGUGGCGGUUGCCGGCGGGGGUGGCGCGCGCGUACGGCGGGCUGGGCGACGGCAAGGUGGACCCGGCGCGGUUCCGCCUGCACGUGAAGGUUCUCGUCUUCGACCGCCCCGCUUACGCGCUCCGCUGCCUGCGCGCGCUCGCCGCCGCGCUGUACGACGCGGAGCCCGUCCACCUGGACGUCUUCGUAGACCAUCCCUUCGCGCUGCGCGCCGACGCCGCGCCCUGGUCGCCGCGCGCCGCGAGACGCGUGGCCGCCUCCCACUCCCUCAUGGCGCAGAUUGACGCGUUCGCGUGGCCGCACGGGCCGAAGCGCGUGAUGUACCGAUCGCAGAGCGCGGGCGUGCAGGGCCAGUGGGUGGAGGCGUGGUGGCCGGAGAGCCUUGCUGACGUGGCGCUGAUGGUAGAAGACCACGUGGUGGUGUCCCCGCUGUACUACCGCUACCUGAAGCGCCUGCUCGCGCGCUACUACUUCCGCCGCGCGGACUUCGAUCCGCACGUGCUGGGCGUGUCGCUGCAGCGCCAGACCUUCGUGCCCGGGCUGGGCGCAGACCCGCUCCCCCCGGUGGCGCACGGCGCGCCGUUCCUGUACGCGGUGACGGGCACGUGGGGGCAGGCGGUGCUGCCGGGGCCGUGGCGGCAGUUCCGCCUGUGGCUGGACGAGCGGCGCUACAACGGCAGCCGGCAGCCCCUGGUGGGCGGCCUCAAGACCACCCAGUGGUUCCGUGACAAGGGCAACAGGAGGUGGUCGCCGUGGGCCAUCAAGUGGGCGCACAGCAGCGCCAUGCUCUCGCUCUACCCGCCCCUCCCCGCCAACCUCUCCCUCGCCUUCCCCCUCAAGCGCGCCGCGCCCCCCUCUGACGCCCCCCUCGUGCCGCUGCUCCCGGGGAUGGCCUCUCCUGGGGGGAAGGCUGCUGGGGGGGCCGCGGGUGGGGGAGUACGGGGCAGUGGGAGAGGGGGCGGGGAGGGGGGGGUGGAGGGGGCGGUGAGGGCGUGGAUGGAGGGGCCGCUGCCAGGCAUGGCACGGGUGAGGCGCUUCGACCUGUGUGCUCGCGAGCUGCUGCACCUCCCCGUGGGGCACUCCCUGCCUGACCUGCACUCCCUGCUCUCCGCCGUCGCCCAGGACAAGCGGGUGUCGCUGGUGGUGGUGCCGCGGGGCGGCAGGGACGAGGUGAACAACUGGCUGUGCCACCUGGACGGCAGCGGCCUGCGCUCAUUCAUCCUCAUCGUCCCCCAUGCCAGCCUGGCAGCUGAGCUGUCGGCACGUGGCUUCGCUGCCUUCCACCUGCCGCCACUCAGCAGGCGCCAGGUGGCACAGGGGCUUGGGCAGCUGGCAGCAAGGGGAGGGGUGAAGGCAGUGAGGGAGAAGGAGGGGUUAGAGGAGGUGGAGGGUGAGGAGGUGGAUGCUGGGGUGCAAGUGGAGGGGGAGGGUGAAUUGGAGGAGCAGGAGGGUGAGGAGGGAGGGGAGGGAGAGGGGGCGCACAGCAGGUGGACGGCGCGGCACAUAGAGGUGGUGGUGGCGGCGCUGUCGCAGGGCUUUGAUGUGUCCCUCAGCAAUGUGGACGCCGUGUGGCGGGGUGACCCCAUGGCCACCGAGGCCCUCGGGCUCAUUCCCGCUGACGUGGACAUGUGGGGCCACCUUGACAUUGCUGACGUGGCAUCCAGCUUCUUCGUGAUUCGUUCUCGUGCCGCUACGGUUUCGGCGUGGGGCCAGUUGGCGAAGCUGUGUGCGCAGGUUCCCAAGGGCGGAAGCAAGGGGGACUUGGAUAAGGCAGAGGUGGGGUGUGGUGAGUCAGGGAGCGGCGUGCAGCAGAAGCAGAUGCGGGUUCUGCUAAUGCAGGCGAUGCAUUUCAGAGAGGUUGAUUCGAUUCCCUUUGGACGCGAUGGCGCAGUGCGCGUGCCCAAGGGAACGUUGUUGCCUGUUCUACUGCCACCUCAAUUUGCAACAAAAGGGAAGAAGAUUAGGAGUAUGGAUAUGAUCGGGCUUUGGGUGAUAGAUGACUAUGACCAUGCAUGUAAAGCUGUCACGUGCAAAAGGAAGCUGUACAGCCCUGCUUAG